AUGGCUAGCUACGAAGCUCCCGGGAUCCCACCCAAAAUCACCUUCUACACUUAUCCUGAUUGCCCGUGGUGCCAGCGCGUGCAGUUCAUUCUCACAGAGCUCAAGAUUCCGGUGGAGCGCAUCAUCAUCAAUCUCGACGAGCCCCGCCCUCAAUGGUACCUUGACAUCAAUCCGCGUGGUUUGGUGCCUGCCAUCAAAUUCUCCAACGAUGUGGUCGUCAACGAGAUCAUAUACGAAUCGAACAUCAUCUCGCAGUUCUUGGUUGAUCUACGCCCAUCCCACCUGUUGCCCGCCUCCCUGGCCGACCCAUCCGCCCCUCUGCGCCGCGCGAGGAUCCAGUUCUUCAUCGACACGUUCAUGUCGAAGCUGGGCGGACAGGCCCGUGGGUUGCUGAUUUCCGACAACCAGGAUGCAAAGGUGGACGAGGUACUUGCCGACGUCGACAAGUUCGUCGAGCCACUGCUCGCUGAUGCCGGACCAUUCGUCGACGGUAGCAAGGAGCUGACUUAUGCCGAGACUCAAGUUGCGCCUUUCCUCCUGCGUCUAUACUCGCUGUCGAAUGGGACCUAUCUGCCCACGAAGCUCAAGUCUGGUUUGAAGGACUUGCCGAACUUCUCCAAGUGGGCUGCUGCAACGAUUGAGCAUCCCAGCAUCAAGAGCAAUUACAAUGAGGCGAGCGUUGUUGAGCGGACCUCAAAGACUGUGGCUAAGCUCAAGGCCAAGGCCUGA